AGUCGAGUGCUUAUAUAAACGCCAUAGGCUGAACUUAAAGACCUUCGUUCUUCAAGUUUAUUUUUCCUACAUUUUUGUUUUUCGCUGGCUUUAUAAAAGCCAAGCUCGUUCUCGCUAGGGUUCCCGCUCCUCCUUUUCCACUCUCUCUACAAUAAUUCAUGUAUUCGUAAUUUUAAUUUUUUUUUAAAAAAAAAAAUUACCGUUGAACUCGUCGAGAUUGUUGUCAAUAUUGAUUUGUACGUAUAGACUCUGUUUCGCCGGAGAAGCAAGAACAUCUCUUAGUUGAUUCGCAACCGAGCAGUCACUGCAGCGAAGUGAUAAAUUACUUUCCGUUUCCGAUCAUCGCACUGUGAAAGAAAGACGCCGUGAAGCCACGACGCAUUUAUAAAACCUAGAUUUGUGUAAUUAUGGAUCCUUCGAUCAUGAAGAAGCUCCUCGAAGACGACGAGGACGAAAGCAUGCAUUCGGGGGCGGACGUGGAAGCCUUCCAAGCGGCCUUAAAUAGAGAUAUCGGAGGAGAUGCAUCGGCUUCUCAGCCAUCUGAUUCAGACUCCGUUGUACAUGACGUGUAUGGCUGAUCACGCUGCAGUAAUGUCUCUAGGGAGCAAUAAUGCUUCUAGCCAUUCAUUACCACCGCCGUUGCAAAUGGCUAGCAGAGAUGCAAAUACCGACUCUCCAAUUCAAAAAGACCAGAAAAGUACACAGCAGCAAGAUAAUUUCUCUGACAAGGACCUAAAGCAACAACAUGGAUCUAUUACUGAUAAUCUUCAGCAACACAAUAGUGCCCCCCAGGAGUCCAAUCACUUUCCCUUUCCGCCGAAACAAUCCCAAGGCGAUCGUCAACAAGGGCAAAUAGAACGAAAUCCUAUCCAGAUUCCUCAAACAGCAGGUACGCAGAUUACUGGAAAAACUCCAGACAGUGAAUCGCAGUACUUGAAACUUCAGAAGAUGAGUAAUCAACAGGCAACUGUCUCUGAGCAGCCAAGCAACCCCACUAAUCGCGGUAAACAGGUACCAUUUGGGAUGUUACUACCUGUCUUAUUGCCCCAGCUUGAUAAAGACAAAGGAAUGCAACUUCAAAUUCUAUUUGGUAAACUGAAGAGUAAUGAAAUCUCCAAAGAUGCUUUCGUUCGGCUCAUUAGAGGUGUUGUGGGGGACCAGGUUCUCAAAUUGGCGGUAUUGAAAGUGCAAUCACAGCAGAAAUUGCAGGCGAGUUCAAAACAGUACUCAUCAGCAUCUCAAACAUCAGUGCGGCAACAGUCUCCAGGUAUGCCAGCCGUUAGUGGAGGAGCCACACAAUUCAGUGAUCCUCGUUCAUUUGCACACCUUCAUCAGAAGGGUGCCAAUUCUCCAGCAGAGGUCUCACAGAAUCCCUCUGCAGCAGUUCAAGUGCAGACUGAUUCAAGUCAUCAAGUCCUAGAAAACAAUGUUCAGAUAUCACGAGAGGCAGAUCGCCAGUCUGAUUCCCAUGGAAUACAAGUAAAUCAAAUGCCUUCUUCCAGUAUGGUAGCUGCCAAUCAGGAGAGGGAACGCUCUUCGGCUCCUAUGCAGGGCCUUAACAAACAACAGCAACAACAUUUGCACUAUCCACAGACUUCCUUUUCCAUGUAUGGAGGUACUGCUGGCAGUUACCAUCCUUUUUCUGGGACAAAUGUCAAUACUUCCACAUUAUCUAUCAAACCACAACCACCGCAUGAUUCACAAAUAAGACAAAUCCCACAACAUCAAAACAUGAGUUCAGCUCAGGUGGGUGGAGAAGCACAGGGUGUCAACAUCAUGAGUGUGCCCAAAUUGGAGAGGCAAAAUUCUUUAAGUGAUCCGAGUAGAAUGCACAGUGGAUCACUUUCUCACUUUGCAAGCAAUCCAACUUUGCAACAGAAUCCUGCUUCUUGGCAAUCCUCAUCAAACAAAGAGCAGACUGCUGGUUCUUUGUCAUCAAUGGCUUAUGUAAAACAUGAACCAAUUGAUCAGGCUACCGACCAGCAGCAAAAGCCCCUGUUGGCCAAUCCACAGGGAUUGCUUUCUGUUUCUGCCACUCAGGUUGAACAGGGAAAUGCAUCACCGGGAACUUCAAAGGAUGAAUCUUUAGAAAAGCAGCCUUCAAGGAUGGGCUUUUCCACUUCUACAAAUGUGGUUACUUCAUCUUCUGGUGGCAUGGUUCCCCCAAAUUCAGUUUCUUCUUCCAUGACCAUGCAAUUGGAUUCUAAUGUGCCAGUAGGACCUCGGGUACCAUCUGGAACCAAUCCUGCUGGGAUAAAUAACAGAACACCUCCAAAGAAGCCUUCUGUCGGCCAAAAGAAACCGCUCGAAGCACUUGGUUCUUCACCACCACCGCCAAGUAAGAAGCAAAAAGUCUCUGGAACAUUAUUGGAUCAAAGCAUUGAACAACUUAAUGAUGUCACUGCUGUUAGUGGAGUUAAUCUUAGGGAAGAGGAAGAACAGCUAUUUUCUGGGCCUAAGGAGGACAGUCGAGUUUCUGAAGCAUCUCGGAAAGUUGUGCAAGAAGAAGAAGAAAGGUUGAUUUUGCAAAGGACUCCCCUGCAGAAAAAAUUGGCAGAGAUCAUGGCCAAAUGCGGUUUGAAAAGCAUAAGCAACGAUGUAGAGCGGUGUUUGUCACUGUGUGUGGAGGAAAGGAUGCGUGGAUUAAUAAACAAUCUAAUCAGAUUGUCAAAGCAGCGUGUUGAUGUUGAGAAAACAAGACACCGGACUAUUACCACCUCUGAUACACGAUUACAAAUUACGACAAUGAACCGGAAAGCUAGGGAAGAAUGGGAGAAAAAACAGGCUGAGGCAGAAAAGCUCAGAAAACUAAAUGAACCUGAAGGUAAUAAUGCAGUUGAUGGCGAAAAGGAGAAAGAUGAUGGUCGUUCUAAAUCAUUUAAGGGGCAGGCAAACAAAGAGGAAGAUGACAAAAUGAGGACCACCGCUGCAAAUGUUGCUGCUCGAGCUGCUGUUGGAGGAGAUGACAUGCUGUCAAAAUGGCAACUUAUGGCUGAGCAAGCCCGGCAAAAACGUGAAGGAGGGACAGACGCAGCAUCUGGAUCCCAGCCAAAUAAAGAUGUGAACCGCAAGCCUAUAUCAACGUCCGGAAAAACUACGAAAGAUAAUCAAGAAACUGAAAAAAGCAGCAGCACAGCUCCUUUUUCUGCUCCUGGGGCAGUUAGAAAAUUUGGAAGGAACCAAGUGAUCGUGCCCCAUACAAGGGUGGCACGAAGCAUAUCCAUUAAGGAUGUGAUUGCAGUCCUGGAAAGGGAACCGCAGAUGUCCAAGUCUACCCUUGUAUAUCGUUUGUAUGAGAAAAUUGCUACGGGUGAAUGAAAAUACUCCACCCAGAAUGGGUCAAAUUUCAAUUUUACUAAUUUGGCCGUUGUUUUCUUUUCUAUUCCUUUCUUCUUUUUUUUCCUUCUUUUUUGUUUAUUAUUGUAUAGGCAACUUUUGUUGAUAUAUGUUGAGAUUGUGAUAGUUUUAUGUGAAUGACGCUCAUGAUCAAUGCUUAGUUCUUUUUCUUUUCAUCA